CAGCAGCUUCUUGCGUCGCUGUUUACUGCGGACCUUCACUCGUUAAGCGUCUGCACCUCCAUUCGCUAUCGAUACACCCGCUCUGCACCGCCGCGCCCUCCACGAACCUCCACGCCGCUCCGCCCCCCUGAGCUCCAGUCCGCCGCCCCCCGAGCGACGCCAGCCAUCGCCGCCUGCUGCCGCCAGCCGCCGCCAGCCUUGGUCAGCUUCCUCCGAGCGCAGCGACAAUGGGCUUCGGCGACUUUCAGUCCAUCUGCGAAAAGGCAUCAAUACCCGUGUGCGCCGUCGUGGGCCACCAGGCUAUCAACAAUGGCGUGGGCAUCCAGACGCGGUGCUUUGCCCGCACGAUUGAAAUCGCAAACACGCUCAUUUUCGAGGUGGCCAACGACUUCAUGCACAUCCUGGCUCUGGUCAUGACGGUCGUCAUGAUCAUCCAUGUGCGCUCCAAGUUCACGGCUGUCGGGCGCAAGGAAAUCACAACCUUCUUCUACAUCUACAUGCUCCUCACCAUCGUCUCGUUCGUCCUCGAUGCCGGCGUCACGGCGCCCAGCUCCGCGACCUACCCAUACUUCGUCGCCGCCCAGAACGGCCUCGUGUCCGCGCUGUGCACAUGUCUGCUCAUCAACGGCUUCGUCGGCUUCCAGCUCUACGAAGACGGCACCACACUUUCGGUCUGGCUGAUGCGCCUCAGCUCGCUCACCAUGUUCAUCGUUGGCGGCGCGGUCAACCUGCUGACGUUCAAGGGCUGGGCCGGCUUGAGUCCUGGCAACCCCAUCGGCGUCUUCGUCGUUACGUACAUUGUCAACGCCAUCUGCCUCUUCAUCUACGUUGUCAGCCAGAUCAUUCUCGUUGUCGGAACAUUGGAGGACCGCUGGCCUCUGGGCGACAUCUUGUUCGGCAUCUUCUUCUUCGUCAUUGGCCAGGUCAUCCUAUACGUCUUCAGCGACACCAUUUGUGAUGGCGUGCAGCACUACCUGGAUGGCCUUUUCUUUGCGACCAUCUGCAACCUGCUCGCCGUCAUGAUGGUUUACAAGUACUGGGACUCCAUCACACGCGAAGAUCUCGAAUUUUCUGUCGGCGUCAAGCAGCACAACUGGGAACUCAAGGAGGCAUACCCGGAAGAUGACAAGCGCGGUACUAUAUACCAAGACUCCGACUAUACCCCAUCGCUCUACCAACAGCCUUACGGGCGCAACUCGCAUUACUCUGUUGUUGGUCAUUGAGCUUGCUGCAUGACUAUGACCCUUUACCCUCGGAUGACGUAUGUUUUGCAUUAUGUUUAUUUUUAACGGCAUGAUAGCAUGGCGCGGAGGGCGCGCCGUACAAAUGCUUCGACAAAAAGCUCGCAUGCACCGUGGCAGAACCACGGUACGUGCGCGUGACGCUGUCACAGCAUGGGAGGAUUGCUGGUCUGGAUAGCAUUGACGACAUGCCACUUACCCAAAUGGAAUACGACAUAAAUAGCGCUGUAGAUAGUAAUAUGAAUACCAAAGUUAGUC